AUGGAAGGAGAAGGAAGGGGAUGUCAUCAUCUUAUUGACAGGAGCAGGGGAAUGGGUUUGGUGUUGGUUUUGAUUACUGUGACGGUGAGUUUGAGUGUAGGAGGAGGAGGGAUAGGGGUUGCAGCAUCAACAGCUGAGGUUCAUGUCGUGGGAGGAAAUCGUGGGUGGGAUAUUGUUUCAGAUAUUGCGGCAUGGGUUUGCAUAUUCAUCGGGAGCAGAGAGAGCAUAGUAGAGGUGGGGAGCAGGGAAGAGUUGGAGGCUUGCGACGUCACCAACCCCAUCCAUAUGUACACGGAUGGCCUGGAUAGCAUCACCCUCGAUGGUGUAGGCACCCGCUUCUUCGCCAGCAGCAGCAGUGAUAGUUGCAGAAAGGGGCUCAAGCUGAACAUCGAUGUGUUGCCGUCACAGCAGCCUACCCAGUUUCAUGAUCAGAUGGACCCCCUUACCACUACCAUCCCUUCUUAUGAGUUAGUAGAUGCUGACGCCGUCGCUGCAGGACCCACCACCCCAUCUGCAGCAGGCCCCUCCUCCUCUGCCAUGCCUUGCCCUGUUCUUGUUGUUCUUCUUGCCUUUCUUUUAAUCUGA